UAGUAGCACAACGGCAUGACAUAUGUGGCUGCUGGAGUGCAUGCUACAUUUGAAACAUUACGAUUUACGAAUGGUCAUGUUCUUUAUGAAAAGACUGGACAAGCACCUCCCCCAAGUAAAGAUUUUCACCAACUUCUGGUCGGUGAAACUGAAGUAACUUUGCGAUGUUGGAAGGUUUCAGUACGCAAAGACCAACGCUUGAUUCCUCCAAGUCAAAAAAAAGUACAUUGGGAUGAGUUCGACGAAGACACACGAUUGCAAUCUGAGAUUAUGCGCAUCUUUGGUGAAGAAACAUUAAGUCAAGUUCAUGCUUUGAUCUGUGGAGACUGGCUCAUCCGUCUACCCGUUGAUAUCGUACUACGAAUUUGUGAUUCGUUAGAAUUACAAGAUAUUGCACACUUAGCUCAAGUUUGCAGAAAAUUGAGGGAUAUUUGUUGCAGUGACAAGCUUUGGGAACAAGUAUAUCGAACUCACUGCGAUACAGUAACUGAAAAUAUGAUUUCCUUGGCUCAGGAAGUUGGCUGGAAGAAACUAUUUUUUACCAACAAACUACAGCUGCAGAAAGAAAUGCAAAGGCGUGGAAGGGAGAAGAUCAACCAGAAUCCUUAAGUUAUUUUUGAAACAUGCAAUUUUGUCGGGAAAUUGGUUCAGAUUUACUUAAGAUUUGUUGCCUUGGAAACUACUGUUGUCUACCUGUUGACUUUGAAUCUUUUAGAUAACUUUUUACCAAAUAGUUUGUUAUUUUGUUAAGCAGUUCUAUAUAAUAAUCAUUUUAUAAAUUUUAAUCAUUGAAUAAUAAGGUGAACAAUUUUUUGCCAA